AUGAUUGGUUUAUUGAUUGUCUUUGUAGUAUUUGCUUCUGCUAAAGAGUUUUAUAAAUACACUUAUACUGGAACAGGAGAUAAUAAAAAAAUUGCUUCAUAUGUAGUUUAUGAAGUUGAUAAAUGCUAUAGAAUUUCUGCAACUACUUAUCAAUCAAUUUCACAACAUAAUGGAGAAACUCCUGCUGAUGAAGGAAAAUACUUCUAUGGUACAUUUACAGAUAAAGAAUGUAAAACUUCUUCUGAUGUUAAACAAUAUACUGUUGAAGAAUUAAAAACAAAGGAUAUCUUUGAAACAAAACCAGAAGAAAGUAACCAAUGUAAAGAAGUUGCUGCUAGUCAAUUUGUUGAUGAUAAAUGUGAAGAUCCAAUUCCAGGUGGAAAACAAUUUGUAUGUAAUGUAGAAAGUGAUGUUAAAACAUGUAUUAGCAGUGGUAAUGAAUAUACACAAACAGGAGUUGUUCAUGGAUAUCAAGGUACUUUCCAUUAUUCUGAUAGUGAGUGUACAAAACCCACAGGAUUUGUAGAAGAUCAAAGAAAAUGUGGAGUUUGUUCACCAUCAUCAAUGCCAUCUUCAUCAGAUGAAACAAUUACUUACACAAAAGUCACAUGUGAAAAUGACUGCUAA